AUGUCUCUGCACUUGAAGAAUGUCAAGAACUCUGACAAAGGAUCGUAUACUUGUGUGGUCUCUUUUGACAACCAGUACCACGAUGUGCUGAUUGAACUGGAAGUAGCAGGAUGGAGGCAGUCCUUCCACAGUGUAAAUAAGGUAAUUGAUGUGGGCACGGCCCAUCCAAACUUUUCUGUUGCUGAGGACAGGAAGAGUUUUAGGCAUAAUUCACAAGCUCAGAAAGUGACUCAGAAUGAAGGGAGAUUCGAUUCAGCUGUCUGCGUGUUGGGCUCAGAAGGUUUCUCCUCUGGGAAACACUACUGGGAGGUGGAAGUUGAAAAAAGCAAUGACUGGGACCUGGGAGUAGCCAGAAAAUCCAUCCAGAGGAAAGGAAUAAUUUCCCUAUCACUGAAAGAAGGAUUCUGGGCUCUGGGCUCAAGUUUAAAAGAUUACUGGGACACCUGA